AUGGCUCCUAAACCAAAAAAGGAACUUAUAAAGAAGAAACUGAUAAGAAACGAAAAAGAUCGAUAUAUUAGUUUUCGGAAGAGGAGAAAUUGUUUGGAAAAAAAGGCCUUUGAAUUAUCCACUCUAUGUGGUGUUGAUGUUUGUAUAGUUAUUUACGGUCCCAAACCGAAGGAUCACCGUCUGAUUGACGAUCAACAGCCCUACAUGUGGCCUAAAGAUCUUGAUGCAAUCCGACACAUAUUCACAUCAUAUGAAGAACAAUCUCUUGAAGAUCGUAACAAGUGGACACUUGAUUUGUCUCACUUCAUGGAAGAAGACAAUCCAAACAAGCAGAAGGAGGCGGCGGCUGAUGAUCAUGAAACUGAUUAUCAGGGUACUAGUGCUUCUUCAGUACUUGCAAAAGCGGAGGACAAGAAAAAUAAUGACGAUCACGAUGAAGAGACCACCAAGAAUAUCAAGUACCCUACUUGGGAUCAUCGGUUUAACAAUCUAUCCAAGGAACAAUUGAGAAACUUGGGUACUAAAUUGGAGGAAAAUCUUGACGCCUUCAAAACUAGACUUCAGGAAUUGAAGUCUAAUCACCAAAACGAAAACUAUUCUGGUUAUUUCAUGCCGUCAUCGGAUCAUAUUAUUGACAACCCAAUUUCUUUCUUCAGUGAUCUCGACGUGCCCGUUCCGUUGGAUCUCUCAAUGCCUGCAAAUUCAAUGGCUGCUUCUUCUUCUGGUAGCAAUGUCACAAACACUACUCCAACUUUUUAUGAUCCAAAUUUGUUGACGAUGAUGAAUGAAGAUCCAAAUUUGAUGAUGAUGAUGAAUGAUGAAGAUUGGAUUGGAUUUGAUGCCACAUACAAUACUGCUACUGAUCCUGUAUUUGAUGAUCGAAUGUUUGAUAUGGUAGAGAACGUGAUUAUGGACGAUCCUAUGCCUCCAAUGUGCUACUAUGUUGGUCCAGACAUGGAAUACUAA